CUACCUGUGGUUAUUUCACACUCGCCAUAUCCAACAUGGCGGCUGCAAGGUGGUCGUUUUUUCCAGCUCGAGGAAUGUCGUUUAUAAUCAAGAAACCGAGACUAUCUAUGUCUCAAGCUAAGUUUGCAAUACGUUUGAGUACUUCCUACGCUACUAGAAGUAGUUUUUUAAGCCUUUCCCGUCGUAUUAGCAGCAGCUGUGUUUUGCAUUGUGAGAAAUCGACAAAUCAACAAGAAGAGCUGAAAAACACUGACCUAUCGAAGCCAGCUGAGAAAUGCCCGAAGUACUAUGUACCAAGAAAGUUUAUCCCGAUGACGAGGAAGGCUUUGUUAAGAAAAAUACUGGAGGAUUGCAGUCUUGUUCCCUCGGAAGAACGAGAGCAUUUCCAAGAGUUUUCCGCUGCCCUGGAUAAAAAGAUUUCCACGAAGUAUCAUGCCGAGAUAAGUGAGCUAAAGGCUUUGUAUGAACCACUCCACCCUGACAAGGAUACUGUCAGUAUGAGGUCUUACACCAGUGAAGAGAGAAGAGACAAUGAGUUCUGGCUUCUUGAUAAGCUUUCAAGUCUUUUGAACAAGGCACACUUUUAUGAGCUGCCAACAGAAGCUAUCCAUGAUGCCUUAAAAGAACAUGACACAAGUUACGGUGUGCUCAUUAGUGUGGACCCAUCACAGUACGACGUCCUACGAGUCUGGGUAAUCGGGAAGGAGAUAGAACCAUAUGAUUUUGGUCCCUGGUACUCAAAGAUCUUCACAGUUGCAUAUAACUUUGUAAGGUCAACUCCAAAAAUUGAGAGGUAUAAAAGAGUUGUAGUUGCAAUAAGGCAUAAAAAACAGCAGAAGCUACUCCUAAAGGUCUUCAAAGACAUCCGUUGUGCAAACCUAGAACACUUGCUUCCAGAAGGCAAGAUACGCAUGACACAGUUUGACCAGCAAGUCCUUGUUGGAAUGCUUGGUAUUGGUGUUGCAAGUAUUGCUAUUAAGUUAAUCACCUUUCUGGCAGAUUACAAGUUUUCCUGGAUAUACAUUGCCACUGCAUUGACGGGUAUUAUGGCAUUAAGGGCAUGGACGAUGUACAAGAAUAAGCGCAAUUCCUACCUGGUCGACUUAUCCAGAACAUUGUACUUCAAAAGUAUUGCCAACAACAGGGCGUCGCUCAUACUAAUUGCUGACAGGGCAGAGGACGAGGUGUUCAAGUCAACAGUUAUAGCGUACAGCUUCUUACGAGCAGCUGAAAGACUUGGUCAGCAAGACGUGACAGCGCAAGAGCUAAAGGAUCUUGUUGACAAGUGGCUGAACGAAAACUGUUUGGUAGAGACAGACUUUGAAGUGCAUGAACCCUUGAGACAGCUCGAGAUCCUUGGUUUGCUGGUGAAGGAGAAGAGAGAUGACUCAGUUUUACUGUCAGUACCCCCACUGGAGGAGGCAUUGUCACAAAUCCCUUCCCCACCCCUUCCCUCCUAUGUUUCUUAUGAUGAUCGUGCAGAGGAAUUGGAGAUUGAUGUACCACAAGGAAGUGAGGGUGAUGACGAACACAAGGCAGAGAUCAAAGAGAACGAGCGGCAAGAGAGCAUACUGCGCUGGCAUUAGACAUACUAUUACCGUUUUUACUGGCGUAUAAUGCCAUAUGAUUUUUUUUACUCCCAAAAUGACCUUGAAAAACGCGGGUUUUCUAUUUUUUUCAAGGCCUUGAAAAUUCAGGUGCUGAUUAUGCCGGUAAAUACGGUGGUCACAGUGGUAGUCCCAUUCAUAUCCAGGGGGCAUUUUAGUAAGACAGAAGGGAUUUUAUCAUAAGAUUAAUUUAUGUAACUGUAAUUGAACCCAAAAAAUAUAUAUGUUAAAGGAAAUUUACUGUCAGCCACUAUCACUCAUUCAUCAUGCAUUCAUCAGUGGUGUAGGAUAACGGGGAGUUAAUGUUUAUCAAGUAGCAUUUAAAUCCAUGUGUGGAGGUUUUAUGGCCAAGUUGGGCCCAGAGAAAGAUAACAAUUGAGCAAACACAACUCAUAAUUCCUUUUUUACCCUGAAUCCUGUAACUAAAAUGAAACAUAGGCACAACUACAGCAGCAUAAAAACAUUUAUAGUGACUGGGAAAAAUAGUUGUAAUUUACUCUGGUUCCAGAGCCAUGUACAUCUCUCUGUUGCAUCAGUAAAACUCAAUGCAAACUCCUUGUAGACUCAGGAUAGCUACAUUAGUAAACCACCUCAUGUAAUUGACUCUGAAACCAGGGUGAUUGUAAUCUGGGAGAAGUUGAAAAUCAUAUCUUUUGUAGAUGGAUUAUAUGUGAUACCUUGUAAAAAUGAUAUUUUGGUAAUUUAUAAAGUCUUCAUAAUGUGAAGAAGUAUUUAAAACAUGAAAUAAUUCUUAUUUGACAGCUUUCUGUCAUUUGAUUGAAAAAGUAGUUAUAAUAUUUUUUUAAGAGUUUAAAAUAAAGCACUGUAAGUCAA